AUAGCGUUGACAGGGAAGUGAUUCAUUUAUACGCCAAGCAACAUGGCGGAGAAGAAUAGACAGAAGUUGAUGCAAAUCAGUCAAAAACCAGGGAAUAAUGUGUGUGCAGAUUGUGGGGAUAAGGAUCCAGAAUGGACAUCAUGCAGUAUUGGAAUAUUCUUGUGUCAGGAAUGUGCUGGAAUUCACAGAUCUUUAGGUACAGAGAGUAGAGUUAGAUCAUCUAGACUUGAUAACUGGGAUACAGAACAACUAGAGUAUAUGGAUGGUGUAGGUAAUGAUAAAGCUAAACAAAAGUAUGAAAUGUGUGUACCAGCAUUUUAUAGAAGACCUAAAAAGAAUGAUCCGAAUGUAGUAAAGAAGGAAUGGAUAUUAGGAAAGUAUCUGAGAUUUGAAUUCACAGAACCAGCACAACAGAUGGCAUACACCAGUCAGCGUAAGGAAGGGAACCUUAUGAAAUUAGGACGAGAUCGAAGGUUAUAUCAAUCUAGAAAGUUUGUAAUUGAUAGAGCAGAAAAUAAAUUAUCUUAUUAUGUUAUUGAGGAUUCUGGGAAGGUAAAGAGCAGUUCAUCAUUUAUGUCACCUGCUUCCCGCUCUUCUUAUUCUUUUCAUUCAAAGCAGUCAACACCUAAACCUAAAGCUGAAAUCAACCUAGAUGAAGUCAAUGCUGUUUUUGUACCCGAAAAAAUGGGCAAUCCAUAUGGCUUACAAAUAACAUACUAUAAAAAUGGCUCAACUAGAUGUUUAUAUUUAUAUUCUGAAAAUUCUAAGGAAAUUGUAGAUUGGUAUAAUGCAAUAAGAGCAGCUAAAUUAGAAAGAAGACAGAUUGCAUUCCCUGACAGAACACUAGAACAGUUAUCAGAAGAUUUAACAAGAGACUUUACUUUAGAAGGCUGGUUAUCAAAGAUGGGUCCAAGACAUGAACCAUUCAAAAGACGGUGGUUUACACUUGAUAGAAGAAAGCUGAGUUAUUUUGAGGAUCCCUUGAAUGCAUUUGCUAAAGGUGAAGUAUUUAUUGGUCAUAAAGAUGCAGGAUAUAGUGUAACUAUUGGAGCACCAGAGGAUCAGUCUAAUUGUGGUGAAUAUUGUUUUCAACUACAUGUACCCGAUAGAGAUUAUGUGAUGAGAGCUGAAACAAAAGAUGAAAUGGAACAGUGGGUAGAAGCUUUAAAAAAGGUUGUUGAAUUACCCUUAACUCCACAAGAUACCAAGCUUGCAUCUAUAUUAGUAUCGAAGAAAUCAAACUCUAUUCGGUUAUAUCGUAAUUAGACUAUAGUUUUUAUUAUUUUACUGUUGUUGUUUAAUAUUGUCAUACAAUAGACAUUAAUAUAAGUGCAAUGCAGGGCUAGUAGGAAUAAUGGUGCUCAAUUAUAAUGCUAUUAGAAUUAAUUAUUAUACAUGUUAUCUGAAAUAAUGCAGCUCAUGAAUUAUUAAUAAGUUUUAAUUAGUGAUUCCCUAUUUGGGCAUUUAAAAUACAAUCUUAUAGGGACUAUUAAAUGCCUUGUUAGAAUUGUAUUGAUGUUAAUAUAUGGGGGAGGGGGGGAUUAAAAUAGUGGUACAUGUAUAUUAGUGAUUAUUGAACACAAGUAAAAUAAAUUAGUUUUGGUUGGGACCAUAGUUUAUAUUGUGAUAGUGCCAUCAUGUAAAACCAUAUGAUGUAAAACAAAAUAAUUAUGCCGCAAGCAAUUUAUGCGACAUGAAAGUGGUUGACAUAAAUGUGUAUCGUAAGGAAUGUGCCCUACUGUACCCUACUUAUGUCUAAAAUAACCCAUGCGUAGCUUCUUGUAUGUUUAACAAAGAAGUGAGACACCAGUUAUUACACAAUUCCACCAUUUUAAUUUAUCAUAUAUUAUUUGCUUACGAUACAGAACGGAAAUGGGUGUUGAAAUUAAUACGGCUAAUAUUACAUCACGUUUAAUGCAUUAAUUUCUUGUUUGCAUUAAUUUCUUGUUUUACAAUAUUUAAAUGUAUAACCAUAUUGUUGACCAAUAUUUUUUUAUACGCCCACAUUUUCAUGUGGACGUAUUAUGCCUUCGCCCCUGUCUGUCCUUCCAGACGUCUGACCAUCCACAAUUUGUUUGUGGACACUCUAGAGGUCACAAUUAUUAUCCGAUUUAAAAAAACGUUCGAAUAUAUCACCGUUACACCAUAAUGACGGUUGAGUUCGAAUUUCGUGAAAAUUGGACCAAAACUGCCGGACAAAAUGGCUGCUCUUUGUAUGCAAAUAGUGUAAACAUUUGGUAUAUCAAGGUUGUUGAUCCUCUAGAGGCCACAAUUUUGAUUUGAUUUUGAUGAAACUUGAAAUGCAUGUUUAUAACCCAAAGAUCUUGGUUCCUUUCAAUAUUCGCACAUAUCAGAUCAUAACUUCCUGAAUUAUGGCCCCUGAUUGUACGAAAAAUCACAUUUUUAGCUUGUGGUUCCUCUAGAGGUCACUAUUAUUAUCCGAUUUAAAAAAAAAAUGUUCAAAUAUUUCACCGUUACACCGCAAUGUCAGUUGAGUUUGAAUUUCGUGAAAAUCGGACCAAAACUGCCGGACACAUGUUUAUACCCAAAGAUCUUGGUUCCUGUCGAUUUUCCUGUCGAUUAUGGCACUUGAUUGUACAAAAAAUCACUUUUUGUUAAGCUUGUUCUCUUUCCAUCUCUUGCAAAAUGUGGGCAUAUCUUGCCUGGCAGCUGCUGGUUUUGAAUUGUGAUGACAUUCUGUCUACUUAUUCCAUAUUAUUUAUAAAUAUAUUUAGAUGGGCAUUUAAAACCACAUGUAAUAUCAUUCAAAUAUCUGUUCUUAUUUUCAUUAAUUAAAUUAUGAAUGUGCAGAAUCAAAUUGGAUUAGCACAAUAUCUGUAAUAUAAGUAAUGUGUCAAAGGUUACCAUCUAGAAUGCACAAUAUCGAUCAUCUUCAUCAAGCUAAUAUAGAACUGUUAAAUUAGACUUCAAGACAUUUUCCAAAAUAAACAGGAAUGUGAAGGGUCUUUUAUCAGAUACUUCAGGUAUAAAACCAUUCAAAUCUUGAGUUGGGCUGUAACUCUAAUAUGAUAAAUGUAGCCCGAAUUUUACCGUUGCCAAGAUGCAUUACAAUUUUAAUGUAGUCUUUUGCCCUCUUCUUUAACUAAUGUAAAUAUGUUUCUAUAUAAAAUGUUAUAACCUGUAUUGGUACACAACACAGCAGUCAUUUAGUGCAACACAACACUGCAUUGGUUGUGAAAUAUAGAGAAUGUUCCUUUGAUAAAUUCUUUACAAGAUUUAUUUUUCGCGAUUGUGAAUUCAAAGAUUGUGAAUUCAAAGUUUUAAAGAUUGUGAAUUCAAAGAUUGUGAAUUCAAAGUUUUAAAGAUUGUGAAUUCAAAGUUUUAAAGAUUGUGAAUUCAGAGUUUUUAGAUUGUGAAUACAUCUUCUACGUUAUUUUUGUAAAAUUGUGAUUAUAUAUCUUCUGGAUUUUAUUAUUUGUAAAUCUUCUCUCAUAGUUUUUUAAAUCUUUUUUAUUAUUAUAAAUUGUUAAUCUUCUCUCUAAGUUUUUUAAUCUUUUAAGAUUGUUGUUUACUACACAGGUUGUUUUUGUCCCCAGUCUUUCGAAGAAAGCAGGGGACUAUUAAAAUGGGUUCUUAUUGAGCUAGAAUGUUCAAACUUGGUGUAAGUGUUUAUUAGGUUGAUGCCUUGAAGGAGUUCGAAGACGAGCAUUUUCUGCUUAGGGUAAGCAGAGAUAAGCAAUUUGUUUGGUUAAUGCUUUGGGACACAAUAACUUUAGUUCUCAUUAAGUGAGUGAUCAAACUUGGUGUAUAGUUUCAUUACAUCAGUACCUUGACUAAAUUUCAAUAAGCAAUUUGAUUGAUCGAGACUUUCGGACACAAUAACUCUCCUAAUUGAGCUAAAAUGUUCAAACUUGGUGUAGGUGUUUAUUAGGUUGAUGCCUUGAUUAAGUUCGAAGAUGGGAAUUUUCUGCUUAGGGUAAGCAGAGAUAAACAAUUUGAUUGGUUGAUACUUUGGGACAUGAUAACUUUAGUUCUAAUUAAGUGAGAGUGAUGAAACUUAGUGUAUAGUUUCAUCACAUCAGUACCUUGACUAAUGAACAUGUUCUUCUGAGGGUAAGCAGAGCGAUAAGCAAUUUGAUUGGUUGAGACUUCGAAACACAAUAACUCUUCUUCUAAUUGAGGUAGAAUGUUCAAACUUAGUGUAGGCGUUCAUUAGGUAAAUGCCUUGAUGGAGUUUGAUGAUGAACAUUGUCUGCUUAUGGUAAGAAGAGAUAAGCAAUUUAAUUGGUUGAUGCUUUUGGGCACGAUGAGUUUGAUUAUAAUUUAUAUCAAUACCUUGACUAAAUUUGAUGAGAAUUUUCAGCUUAGGCUAAGGAGCGAUAAGCAAUUUGAUUGGUCAAGACUUUGGAACAUAACAACUCUGCUUUUAAUUGAGGUAGAAUGUUUAAACUUGAUGUUGAUGUUCAUAAGGUUAAUGUGUCUUGAUUAACAUUUCCAGCUAAAGCUAAGCAGAGCCAAGAAAUUUCUUUGACUUUGAUUCUAUCUGAUAGAGAGUGAUGAAACUUAGUGUAUAGUUGAUAAUCAGUUUGAUUGCUUGAUACUUUUGAAAAAGAUAAACAUGCAAUUAAUUAAAAUGUGUCAUAUAUUUAUUUCGGGUUUUUGGCGGGGACAUCAGCCUCACUGUUGGCUUGUUCUCCAGAUUUCCAAAUUUGAUCAUUCUACAAUUGUGAAUACACAGUAUGCACUAUGCCAUUAUGCUGAUCAAAAAGUGGAUACCCGUAAUUCGUUGUUCAUUGAUCAAUAAUUCAGCAUUUAAGCUUGUACAAUGAUUUUUAAAUUAUGUUCUGGGUGAUUCAUAGUGAUUUUAGUUUUUCUUAAUUGGGAAACCAUGUGUAAAUGUCCCUUCACAACUAUCACCCUGAUUUCUUACAAGCCUAAUUAAAAAACAGGGUCUUUAAUGUGUGGUUUUUUUUUUAAAAGGGACCUCAAAUACUCUUCUAUUAUACGGGAAUUGACAAAAAUUUCAUCAAAGACAUUUUUAAUAAUGUUUUAAAGUCUCUGAUUGUCAUUUAUGGGAUUUUUACAAUCUAGUAAACAUUUAAUAUAUAAAAGGAAUAUCAGUCCAAAAAUGGUUCAAUUCCAUUCAGUACUUGCAAAGAAUUUAAAAUUUGUCAACAUUGGGCUUCCUCUGCAAAGAUUAUAAAUGGAAUAUGGUCAGAACAAGCCAGUGCCGUCAUUAUGGUAUGCUAAAAUCUUUUGAUGGGCCUCUUUUAAAUCCCACCGAAUCCAAGCCCGUAGAUUAUCUUAAUCAAAUUUUAAAAUAGAUAUUGUCAAAAAACUGUAAAUGGCGAUCAGCGGCUUUUAGCAUAGAUGACACAAAUGUUAUUUUAGAUAUAAAUAUUGUUUAUAUUGAUUGUUUUAAGGCAUUGUAUGUACAGUAUAUUAUUAAUGAUGUAAUAAUUUGAAAGCUUAUAAUAAUCAAAACCAAAGCUCUUAUCAAGUUUUGCCAAAAGAUUGUUGUAAGCUGAAUACAAGUGAAUAAUUUGUAAAUUUUUUCUUUGUUAUAAAUGUAUAUUUGUUAGAUUAAUGAAACUUUUAAAUUGUCACAUUUUCUAUGCCUAAAUAAUAUGGUGUGUAACACACACUAUUGACGGAAUAUGGUAAUGGAUAGAGGAACUGGAUUGUCUCCCAAUAAUAGUUCUUCUUGACUGCUGACAAUACAGUGUUCUGUAACUACACAUAAAGGUUUCUAAACUUUAAUUUAAAAUCUUUCAAUAAUUUGUUUCAAAUGACAGAGAAUAUAAGGCUUCAAAGAAAUAAUCAGGGGCCCAUUUCACGAAGCAUAAUGUGUGUGCCUUGUGAAAUGGGGUCCAAAAGAAAUGUUUUUAUUUAUGACGGUUGUGGAUAAAUAUAUCGUCAACAUAAAUUACGCAAAUUGUUAACAGUAGUAUAUACGGUACUUUGCAAUAUACCAUAGUACUAUCAUCAGCUUAUUGGAGAUAAAAUGUUUAUUUGUUAAGACACAUUGAAUCAUUCAUUUAUCUGUCUAGAUCAAGUUUUACUACCAGUACUUAUCUGGCCACAUCAUAACAUGCCCAGUCACUUUUACAUUUGACUAAUGCAAUUUAAAUCUGAAUGAAAUAAUCUUUAUAAAGAUGAGGAACUGCCAGUUUGAAUGAUGUGUUUCUCUAAUAUUAGAUAAUCUAGGUCUGUACAGAGAGCAAAAAAUGAGAUCAUACAAGUCAUCUUCAAAAUAUCAAGUGUGAUGUAUUCACCUGUGACUAUUAUUGAGUUGUAUUUAUCUAAUAGUUAUAUUCCAAAGUUAUAUUACACAACCAGUGAACUAUAGCAGUUAAUGGUUGAUAUGUAAUAAUGAUUUACCACACCUGAUUAUUAUGAAGAUGACGGCAUAUACAGUACAACUACAUUCUACAUGCCUUACAUUCAAAAUUAAUUGAUAGGUUGCCCUUCCAUUGUGAAAAGUAAUGUGUGUAAAACAAAUGGUAUUUUAGAAGAAAACAUAUUUUUAAAAGCAAAACCAAUCAAAAUUUGUUUCAAUCUUUUGAUAUUUGGCCUAAUGGUAUCUUAAAUCAUUAUUUGAAUUCAAUCAUUUGUAGAAGACGGGGUGUAAUGCAUAGGAGGGUAAAUAGAAUAUGGUUGUACCGUGUAAAUAUGACAUUCUCUCUCAUCUUGUUUAUAAUCAUUAUAUUUUGUAUUUAUUUCUCACAAAUAAAAAAUAUAAAUACAGUA